ACUCCACUGACGUCACUAGGUUUCCCAGCACCCUUUUCUCGUUUUGAAAUUGAGACUUUGAUCUCUUUAAGGCCUGUCACCCAUGAAGAUAAGCAGGGCCAGGAACAACAUAAACAGAGAAAAAUGCUACCAGAGAGAUAUAUUAAAUUUGGUUAUGAUUUUGCUAACUUACCGUCCUUCAAAGUGGUGCUUCUGUACCUUUCAUUUGUGGCAUCUUCGGUGAUAUGGAAGAAAUUAUUCCCACCACUUUCUCUAAAGAAGGUGAUGGUUGUUCACAAUGUUGUAUGCACCCUGCUGAGCUUAUCAUCAUUUCUGCUUCUGCUGUAUGGACACUUUGAUUGUGGAUGUUUUUUUGAAAUGAAGCAUAAUGAAUAUGUGAAGUCUGGACUUCAUGUUUACCUUUUUUCCAAAUACUUUGAGCUCUUGGAUACAGUUUUUAUGGUUCUGAGGCACAAGCAGAGACAGAUAUCCUUCUUACAUGUUUACCACCAUUCAUCAAUCCUCCUUCUUGGUGAUUAUGCACACAAGUAUGCACCAUGGCCGCCAAUUGGCGCAAUGGUUGCUUUGAACUCCAUGGUUCAUGUCUUCCUGUACACUUAUUAUGCUGCAUCUGCAAUUGCCACUUCUGUUGAUGUAUCUUGGAAGAAACGUUUGACACAGCUACAAAUAUUUCAGUUUCUUCUGGGACUCAUUGAAUGUACACUGGGUUAUCUGUACCAUGGCUUUUGUAUUUAUGGUAUUUUCUAUGGACUCAGUAUGUUGCUCCUUUUUUCUAAUUUUUAUUAUAUCGCAUAUAUUGCUGAGAAGAAACCUAAAAAGAUAGAGUAGCCUAAGAAACAAGACCUAAGAAACAAGUUGCUUAUUCAUUCAAAACAUUCGUUAUAUCACAAGCAGUUACGCAACUAUCAACAGAAGAUCUAUUGUUUUCCAUGAAGUUGUUCUAUAAGCUUGUCAUUUGUUGGAUUUUUUGUGUUUUUGACCUCUGUGUUAAUAGCUUGCUGUUAGAUGUAAUUGUGCUUCCAUUUCUAGAGCCUAGAGUCCUUUUUAAAGCCUAGAGUGCGACCAUUAGACUUCCAGAGAAGUUCUGCGAAAAUUGGUCUGUCAAAUCGAAUAGAAGUUACUGUACCAUUGCACGGGGUAUCAUUUACUGAUUCUUAUUUUAGCAGUCGAUUUUC